CCCGCCGUGCUUUUAGGAAAUCAAAACGAUGGCACUGCGUGUUUUUGGCUUAAAUAUAGUGAAAACUAACAGGAAUCUGCUGCAAAAUGCAUGCAAAUCCACUACCCCGGCCACAGGCUACAUGGCGGCGGCUCCAUUUGCCACCGAAGUGACCAUCCAGGCUGCUCCUGCGGCUGUCCAGAAGCAAAAGGUCAGCAAGGCCAUGCGAUCGUACCUGAAGAGAGCCAACGAACACGACGAGUUCAUGAAGACCCAGCACCUGGAGUUCCAGAUCGGCAAGCGGCACCUGGCCAACAUGAUGGGCGCCGAUGCGGAGACGUUCACCCAGGAAGAUAUAGACGAGGCGAUAUCCUAUCUGUUCCCCUCCGGCUUGUACGACCAAAAAGCCCGCCCGGCCAUGAAGUCGCCCGAGGUGGUCUUUCCCGCCCGCAAGGCAGCGGAAUUCGAUGAGACUGGCAGACCUUUCCACAGCAUGUUCUACACCGGCAAGCCCAACUUCUUCCAGCUGCUCCACGACAUUGUGCAGGAAACCAACAAGUUGGCGGAUCUGGAGGAGCGCCUGCUUCGUCGCGGAAAUAAGCCCGAUGAGAACCAGAAACUGGAAAUUGCCGGCUUUCAGCUGCUCCCCAAAGACCAGCUGGAAAUUGUGUUGGUCGAGAGCAUUGCCGAUAUCGAAUACUCGAACUUUACAAAGUCCAUGGAACGUCUGAUCGCAUCGCCCUAUGCCUAUAAGACUAAAACAUUUAUUGAACGCUUUUUGAAACCGCUGAUGGAUCAGUCCAAGCAGCUGGUGGUGCCCAAGCCAAAGAUCGAUGAGGAGGGUCGUCAGUACAUUACCACCUACGAGUGCCUGCGUAAAACUGCUAGAGCUGACGUCACAGUCCGGCUCCCGGGUACUGGAAAGAUCAGCAUUAAUGGAAAGGAUAUCUCCUAUUUCCAGGACGAAAACUGCAAAGAGCAGUUGCUCUUCCCGCUGCAAUUUAGCGAGCUGCUGGGCAAAGUCGAUGUGGAGGCCAAUGUCGAGGGAGGCGGACCUUCCGGUCAGGCCGGAGCCAUCCGCUGGGGCAUCGCGAUGAGUUUGCGCAGCUUUGUCGAUCAAGAGAUGAUUGAGUCAAUGCGUCUGGCCGGCCUGCUGACACGUGACUAUCGCCGUCGGGAGCGUAAGAAGUUCGGACAGGAAGGAGCACGCCGCAAGUACACGUGGAAGAAGCGCUAAACGGACACGUGCCUUUGCAAUACUAGGCUGCAUUUUUUAUCGAAAUGUUUUAAUAAAUAACAAGUAUGUUAA